AUGGAUGGGCGAGCCCACCAUGGAGCCCAAGUGUGCUCUGGCACCAACCCCAGAAAGUGCCAGGAGCUAGGAGACUCAAUUCUUCUGAUUCUGGGAAGCUUCAUCUUGCUGAAUGUGGGGAUCAAUGUGGUGACUCUGCUCUGGAGGCAUCUGAAGAGCUCCCUGAGGAUUCUUUUCCAUCAUUUUUUCCCCAAGGAUCCCAAGAACCUGUGCUCAAGAGUCUCUUCCUGCUUCCAUCAUCGCCCAAGCUUCCUGCUCGAGCAGCGUAACCACCUUGACUCCAGGAUACCAGACAUGAAUGACGAGAAGGCUUCAAGGUGCUGCUGUAUGCUGCCUCAGUGUAGACACACCAGGGCUCCUGUGGAGGCUCCAUGGGGACUACGGAAGGAGGGGAUGGUGGGAGCUGGGGGUGCUCCUCAGGCCACACCCUUCGAGGCCCAAGCCACCUUUCUCUCCAGGCAAAAGACAUCUUCUGAGCUCCCCAGGAUGAGCAAGCUGGACAAGGUUCCACUCUGCUUGCCCCAAGAGAGCAAGACUAAGACCGCAGACUAUGAUCCAGCCCAGGCCCCAGCCCAGGCCCAGCCUCCCUCCCCAGUUCGUCCCCCUGAGCACAGCCCCCACAAGGUGCAGACCCCCUCCCCAGUGCAUCCCCCUGAGCACAGCCCCCACCAGGUGCAGACCCGCUCCCUAGUCCAUUCCCCUGAGCAUACCCCACCUCAGGCCCAGACCUGCUCCCCUAUCCACUGCCUUGAGCGCACCCACCCACAGGGCCAGAUCCACUUCCAAGCCCCCACUCCUGAGCACAUCUCUACCCAGGCCAAGACCUACUCGCCAGCCCUCACUCCUGCGCACUGCCCCACCCAGGUCCAUGGCCCUGAGCACACCCCAGCCCACACCCUCACCCAGGCCCCCUCACAUGCCUCUGCCAACCCCCUGGGCCACCCCCCUGAACACAUAACAGCCCAUGCUCCAGCCUGCACUGUAGCACAUGCUUGUGUCACUUAUACCUGUGCCCACAAACUGGCCCCUGCCCCCACCUCUGCCACAGCCCCUCCCCCAAUGUCUGCCUCAGCCCCAGUCUCAAUUUCUGCCCCAACCCCUGACCGAGCACUGGUCACAGCCCUAAAUACCACUCCAGUCCCUGUUCCUGUCUCUGCCAUCACCCAUCCCUCCAUCCUAACUUCUAUUCCCUCUACCCUGACUGCCUUCAGCCAAGGGCUCUCCACUGGCCACGUGGUCUAUGAUGUCCAUGGGAGAAAGCAGAAGUUGUUCCAUGUGCAUCUCCCACUGAACUCUGUAUAUUCCAGAAAGGAUGGCACCCUCCCCAGGCCCCAAGAGGGGCAGGGCCUGGUAAACUCUGGUACAGCUGAGCAAAUAUUGAAGCAACAUAGUGGGAAUAGUGCCAGGCCCUCCACAGGAUCCAUACUGGAUUACCUGGAGUUGGGGAAUAUUCAAUGGAAGAUCUGCAGUGAUGCCAAAGACAAGUUUUUACAGCCCAAGACUUUCUGUAGCUUCCAUCCCUGCAGUCCUGAGAGAAGAAACACAGACUCCCAGACUCCAGCCUACCCCAAGUUCUUGGUCUACUCCAAAGAUGCUAUACCUUCUCAACCUUGCUUUCAUUCUCCAACCAGUACCCGGAGCUCACUGUGUACUGUUCCUCCACCAUGCACUCUUUCGCUGCCUCUUGUUUCUCCCAGGUCCUUUGUCCUUCAGCAACCCACCAACCACCACAAGUCCCCCACUUUCCCUCCAACCUCUAUGUCUUUUCAGUCUGUCCCUUCUUCCCAGUUGCCCAUCCUUUCCCAGUUCUCCACCAUUUCCCAACCCCCAAUCCAAACCCAAUCCCCUGAACUUCACGAGAAUCUAGGCCUCAACCAAGACUCUGGCCUCCAAAGGACCCCAGGCUCUUCAAAAGACUCUAAAGUUCUCAGGAACCCAGGCUUUACCCAAAAUCCAUGUCUCUACAAGAAUCCCAGCCUUGCUCAAGACCUUUAUUUCUUAAAAAACCCAAGCCCUUCCCAAGACUCUGAUUUUCAUAAGAAUCCAGUCAUUACCCAAGAUUCUGGCCCCCAAAAGAGCCUAGGUCCUACUCAAGAUGCAGGUAUCUUUAGGAGCUCAUGUCUCACCCAACCCUCUGGCCUCCAGAAGAACAAACCACUGCCCCACAUUUCUGACAUUCAGAGACGCUCAGGCUUUAUGGAAGAUUCUGGAGUCUAUAGGAAUGUAGAACAAAACCAAGAGACUAUACCCAACAAAAGUCAAGAACUUGCCCAAAUAACUGGCCUCCAUAACAGCCUGGGCCCUUUUCAAGAUGUUGGAGGUUACAAGAGUGCAGGUAAAGUCCAAGAUCUGGGAGUCUCUAGGUGUCUAGGCCUUACCCAAGAUUCUGACCCACAGAAGAGCCCAUACCCUAUUCAUAACUCUGGAGUCAAUAAGAGCCCAGGCCUUGUCCAAACCUCUGGCCUCCAUAAGGGUUCCAGCCUCACCCAAGACUCAGGAGACUAUAAGAAUCUAGACCUUACUCAAGAUUCUGGAGUCUACAGGAGCCUAGGCCUCACUCAAGAUUCUGACCUCCGUAAGAAUCCAGGCCUUACCCAAGCCACUGAAGUCGAAAGGAGUUAUGGCCUUACCCAAGAUGUUGGAAUUUGCAGGAGCUCAGACAAAAUCCAAGACCCAAACUUCCACAAGUACCUAGGAAUUAAUCAAGACCCUGCCCCCCAUAAUGGCCCAGCCCUUACUCAAGGCUCUUGCCUCUCCAAGAGUCGAGGUCUUACCAAGGAAUCAUGCCUCCACAAGGCAUCAUGCUUUAUCCCAAAUCCUGACCUCCACAAGAACCCCAGCCUUGCUACAGGUACUGACUCUGUCCAAAUCUUGGACCCACAUCAGACCCAAAAGUCAACACAAUCCUUGAUAAAAUCAUUUGUACCUGAGGACUCUCCUCAGAAGAAGGAUGCAGAACAGCAUGUACCAUCCACUUCUGUCUCACUCAGUCAGAACUGCUCCUCCAAGUCCCAAGUGAUCUGUAAUGUCCUGCAAACCUCCUCAGAAGUACCUGUACUGAUUGAGCUGCAGCCAUCCUCCCGGCGAGCAGGCAGCCAAGAUUGGGUGUACCAUCCUGGGGAUUCAGUUUCUCCAGCCUGCCAGAACUAUUGCCAGAUGCCUAUGCCUCCCAAAAUCAACUGGAAGCCCUACUGUCUUGUGCCAGGCUCCCACCUAGGGCAUGUGGUCUUUGAUGCCCACAAGAGACAGUUUGGAGUGGGCAAGGACAAGUGUGAAGCUCUGUCUCCCAGGCGCCUUUGCCAAGAGGCAUGCAGCAACUAA